AUGCAUGAUGCAACUGUGAGCUGGCGCCGACGAACACGAAAUGGGCAAGGAAUCGUAAGGACGAUCGAUGGUAUCCAAGAAGGAUUGUCUUAUCGAUGUAUGGUAGAACAGCCGAUGGUGCCGUCUCAGUGGCGUCAUGCAAGACGACGAACAGAAGGCCGACACUGUUGUUCAUCGAAUUCUCAAUCGAUUCGCACCGCAAAGAUUUUUGAGGAGAUCGAAGCCUUAUUUAAUCGAGUAUUUCGUCGGUCAAAUCCUGUUAUAGUAUAAAACUACUGUUCUUGGUAAAAUUUUAAACCGACAUGAUCACGAUUUCUUUUAUAUCUGCGUAGUAAAAAAAUAUAUAAUUUAGCUGAGCAGUCGCGCUGCAUGUAACUCAUGUAAGAUUUCACGACAAAUA